AUGAGUGUGCGCAAGUCGCACAGUGUUGGCCGAAAUCAUAUCAAACUUGUCAUUGACUAUUAUGAAACUGUGGCUAUUGAAGAAAAAUUACUACCUGAAUCCCUUCUUGCAUUUCCAGUUCAACCCAAUGGCAUUCGACUCAUUAGCACACUACAAGAGGCUAUAUUAAAUGCUAAAGAUCCAUUAGAUCAGACUACAGAACUGGACGAGUUUACCAAGGGUGCACCCGGGACUCUUCCUCGUGAAACAGUGUUACAGUUGAUGUCUGCGCCCCGUAGAUUACCGCAUCCUGCUGUAAUUUCUCCUUAUACCACGGCUACUCCCACACUUUCCAGUGUUUCUAGCAGUUAUGUAACUGAGAUUAAUGGUGGAACGCUAGCUCAAAAUGCUUUAACUGGGGGUGUGUCACAGGUAACAAGUAGCAUGCCUUUGAGUAAUCAAUACCAACAACAACCCUCACAGUAUUCACAGCAGGUGCAACAACAACGACAACAACACCAACACCAGAACCAGCAAUAUCAGCACCAGCAUCAACAUUCCAACUAUGGAUACCAACAGCAAGGGGGUGGGAAGCCUGGUUAUACCAACCGAAUGGAUUUUCGAGAUAACAAUACCCGAUCACGGUUUUCAAACAACCAAGGGGGAUCCAACUAUGGUGGGAGCAAUGGAGGAAACAACUACCAGCAAGGAGGUUACAAUAAUCGUGGAGGAUACGGAAACAACAAUAAUAAUACAACCGGAGGAAAGUCUCAGUAUAGUAAUGAUGGAUUCAACAAUAAUGGUGGUAAUAACUAUAAUGGGAGCUACGGCCAGUACAAUAAUAACACCAAUAACAAUAAUAACAAUAACAACAACAACAACAACAACAUCAAUAAUAAUAAUAACAAUAGAGGGUACGAUCAAUCACAAGGAUCCCAGCAGCAGGACCGAGGAGGAUAUGGAGGCCGUGGGCGCGAUGGUGGCAAUGAUCGAGGUGGCUGGGACCGUGGUGGAAAUGGAAGUGGAGGUCGGUAUAACGAAGGGUAUCGGGAACGCGGAAACGGUGGCGGUAGUAAUGUUGGUGGUCUCAGCAAGGAUCGAAGCGGACCAUAUGAUCGAGGAUCGAGACCCAACCAAGGGUCGUACCGGCCGAAUCGUGCGUUCCGGGAGCGUGAAGGUUGA